GCGCCCCCGCCGCGCCCCCCAACGGCCCGGGGCCCGCGGAGCCGGAGCCGGAGCUGGAGCCGGAGCCCGCCCGGGCGCCACCGCCAAACCCGGAGCUGGAGCCGGGAGCGGAGCCAAAGCGGGAACCGGGCCCGGAGGAAGAGGCGGAAGCGGAGCCGGAGCUGGAGCAGGUAUGGGUACCGGCCUGGAGGAAGACCCGGAGCCGGAUCGGCGGCCGCCGGAGCGGGCCUGGGAGGAAGACCCGGAGCAGGUACAGGUGCCGGAGCCGGAGGAAGACCCGGAGGCGGCCCGGAGGCGCCGGAGCCGGCGGGGCUGAGCCAGGCGGAGCUGCGGCGCUACCGGCAGCUGCGGGGGCGGCUGGGGGCCGGCGGCGGCGGGGGGCUGCCGGUGAGCCGGGCCGAGGUGGCGCUGCUGGAGGAGGAGCUGCGGCACCUGGAGUUCAAGUGCCGGCACCUGCUGCGGGCGCAGAAGAUGCAGCGGCUGCGCGAGCGCUGCCUGCGGGCCUGGCUCGAGGCCAGCGCCGGCGGCGACCCGGGGCUGGCCGACAUCUCCGAGGUGCCCGAGCGGGACAGCACCAGCGCCUACAACACGGCGCCGGCGGGCAGCGGCAAGGCGGCGCGGGCCAAGCGGCCCGUGCGGGACCGGCUGCUCAAGGCGAGGGCCAUCAAGAUCCUGGAGGAGCGCGGCGGCUCCACCACGGACGACGACGCCCGCAGCGAGCUCAAGAUGGGCCGGUACUGGAGCCGGGAGCAGCGCAAGCAGCACCUGGCGCGGGCGCGGGAGCAGCGCCGCCGCCGCGAGCUGCUGCUCCAGAGCCGCAUGGAGGCGGCCGGCGGCGCCGGAGCCGCCGGUGCCGGUGCCGAGGGCGGGGGGCAGCAGCAGCAGCGGCGCGGCCUGCGCAAGCGCAGCCGCCGCAUCCUCGACAACUGGGUCACCAUCCAGGAGAUGCUGGCGCGCGGCACCCGGGCGGCCGACGGCGGCCGCGUCUACAACCCCCUGCUCUCCGUCACCACCGUCUAGCGCCGCCCCCCCCCCCCUCCCACCCCCAAAAAAUGGGGUGACCCCCCCCCUCCUCCCGCCGCACCCCAUCCUGCCCUUCAGUGUGUGACCACCCCCCCCCAAGCACAAGGGGCCUGAGCGCCCCCCCCUCCCCCCAACCCCACCCAUCAUCGUGUCUGUGAAUGUGGCUGUUUUGGGGUUUAGGCCAUCGUC